AUGGGUGACACUGGUGCCAGUAGUGUGCUCGUACAGGAUUCAUCCAAUGUGAUGAAAAGCAGUCCCGGUGGUAAUCGUGGGUUAGAAUCGAGCAAAUGCAGACGAAACCGGACUUUGGAUUGGCGAAAUGGAGUCGCGGGAGGUGUUGCAGGCUGCGCAGCCAAGACCAUUGUUGCUCCAAUGGAGCGAAUCAAGAUUCUAUUUCAAACGUCGAAUCCGCAUUUCCUGCGGUAUUCAACCCGGUGGAAUGGUUUAAUCGAGGCUGUCAGUCACAUUCGGACAUCGCAUGGGAUAUAUGCGCUCUUUAAAGGUCACGCGGCCAGCCUGAUCCGCGUUUUCCCGUACGCUGGUAUCAACUUUCUCGCGUACGAACAACUCCAAUGUGCAAUCAUCGUAUCACCCCAGACCGACACCCCAUAUCAUCGAUUCUUUUGCGGGAGUACGGCGGGUGCUAUUGCUACCGUCUUCACAUAUCCUCUUGAGUUGAUCCGCAUCCGUCUUGCUUUUGAAACAGAACAGAGCAAAAAUUCCUCUUGGUUCAGGAUCUGUCGAAAGAUUUACUUUGAAAGCGGCGGUAAAGGUAGCCCAUUAAAUCUUUAUCAAGGAAUUGGCCCGACUAUGCUAGGCAUACUUCCCUAUGCGGGCACAUCAUUCGUAACCCAUGAUUUAAUGAGGGAACAGCUGCGCUCACCUUUCUUUGCACCUUAUACUCUUGAAAAGGGAUCAUCAACUCGACUGACCGCAGUUGCGCAGCUUUGUUGCGGAGCAAUCGCUGGCAUUGUUGCUCAAACGGUUGCGUAUCCAAUCGAUAUCCUUCGGCGACGAAUGCAAGUCGGAAGAGUGGUUGGUAGCAGAUCAGGAGUUUUAGAGACAGCUCGUCGCGUAGUUCUAGAGAGAGGAGUCAGGGGUUUCUAUGUUGGCCUGACAAUUGGCUACGUGAAAAUGGCUCCCAUGGCGGCGACGAGUUUCUAUGUCUAUGAUCGAAUGAAGCGAUUGUUGGGCAUUAUCGAAUAA